AUGUUCGGUAAAUGGUUUGACCUUACUAAUGCCAAAGCUGCUGACCAAGUGGCUAAUACGAAAACUCCUAAUCCUCCAACAACAACUACUAAAAAUCUAACAGCUACUAAUAAUACAACUACUAUCAAUAAGUCUUUAGAUAGUAGGAAAGAAUUAUCAGUGGGCUAA